UCAUUAAUCAGCUGUAGAUUUUGCGACUUUUUUAUUUGUUUUAAAUUAUAAUAUUAAGCCAAAAUAUACUUAAAGAUGAAUAAAAUGUGUCCUAAAUGGAGUGGAAAUUAAUGUCUUACCAUUAACGUGAGCAAGGUGGUGGUUUUGGGCGGCGGUCUUUGCGGAUGGCGGGCGAGGAGUUUGUCGAGUGACCGCGGCGGGCGCGGCUCGGCUGGGCCCCCGAGCACGCAGGCAUGCAGCGGUAUGACAGAGACUGCGGGCACGUCGCGUGGCCUUCGCGUCUACAAGAUUGUGGUCCUUGGCGACGGUGGGGUGGGCAAGUCGGCGGUCACCCUCCAGUUUGUCAGUCAUAGCUUCCUUGAUUACCAUGACCCCACCAUUGAAGACUCAUACCAACAACAAGCAGUAAUUGAUGGAGAACCUGCCUUACUUGAUAUUUUGGAUACUGCAGGACAGGUUGAAUUCACAGCUAUGAGGGAACAGUACAUGAGAUGCGGAGAAGGUUUUAUGCUGUGUUACUCUGUGACAGACAAAAGAUCAUUCAGAGCAGCCUCAGAAUAUAAAAGGUUGCUGGCACAGGCUAGACCAUCUGAAACGCUGCCAUUGGUAUUGGUUGGUAAUAAACUGGAUUUGGCUCCUAGAUUUAGACAGGUGACAACAGAAGAGGGCAAAGCACUCGCUACACAACUGGGUUGUCCAUUCUUCGAAACGUCAGCUGCGUUGCGUCACUUCGUUGAUGAUGCUUUCCACGCAUUGGUCAGGGAGGUUCGCCGACUUGAAAGGCAAAGACAGUCAUCCCUAGUGGGUACUGGAAUAUCGACAGGCGGUGGUCGCCGUCGUUGGCGGCGCCUGCGCAGCAUAUUUGCGCUCGUCUUUCGUCGGCGCAGACGCACACUUGAAUAAUACUAAAUGGUAACUGCAACUGAUACGUACAACAAACUGGCAGGUGUCGCUUUAUUUAAUAUUUAUAUAAAAGUCAAACCUUAUUUAAAUCAUGAAAUCAAUAAAUCAACUCAACUUUUACGUACUUUUCUGUCUUUUUUCAAGUAUCUUUUAAGUUUAUAUAACAGUGGUUACGGUUUUUUCUCGACUAAGGUUUUCAUUUACUGGUGCUAUCAAUGCGCUGGAAAAUUGCAUUUAUAACGGAAAGAUAUUGAUUUUUACAAGUUUCGCGCAUAUACAUUGAGAUUAUGGAUUUGUUUUUAAACGGUACCUCAUAUAUUGGGGUUAUAUUAAUAAAUUAAGAUAUAAAUGAUCAUUCUGUCUAAUAUCCCGUGUACAGGUUCUAAGAAAUACUAGGAUACUAGGAGGUUUAUACUUCUUUUUGCCUAGUAUUUCUAUAUACAGUGUAGCCACGAUAUAACGUAUCGGAACAAGUAAAUAUUCGUUAUAUGAAGCAAUUCGUUGAACUGACGUUUGUUAUGUUUAAGUUAGUUUGGUCUAAAAUUCGUUAUAAAGAGGUAAAAAAAUAGUAAUUUCCAUCAAACAACUAUGAUUAUUUUACGAAAAACCGUGUCAAAACCGAUAUCGCGAUAUGAAUCACGUACUAUGAGAUUA